AAUCUACUUAAGUCUAGGGUCGCUGUUGAACCCUUCAGCAAAUGCCGACAAGUUCCACGGAUGAAGUUAUGACAGCAGACGACUGGAGGCCAAUGUAGCGUCUAAAGUAACGACCACGUAACUGGCUGUCUGGAUCACUGCGAGCUCGUCUUCGCAAAUAUGGCCGUUUUUUGUUUUAUUGCAGGUUGUUUUGGUUAUGUUCUGACAUCCUUGGUCGUAUUUCUUGUUAUCGCAUUUCUUUGUUAUUGUCUAUACAUAAAAUAUAUUCAUUUGAAAUAUGAUCACAUACCGGGACCACCAAGGGAUAGUUUUAUAUUCGGCCAUUUUCCGACAUUCUCGAGGGAGAGGAGCAACGGUCGCAUUAUUCACGACAAGUUCCUGGAGUGGUCUGAAACAUUUGGACCAGUGUACCGUCUCAACGGUUUACAUGUUGUGACGCUGUUUGUCACCUGUCCAGAUACCACCAAGGAGGUUUUGAUGUCACCCAAGUACCCAAAAGACACACUAGUCUACAAACAUCUCUUCAACCUGUUUGGACAGAGGUUCAUGGGAAAUGGCCUGGUUACGGCACGUGAUCAUGACCUGUGGUACAGACAGCGGAGGAUCAUGGACCCUGCCUUCAGCAGUCUAUACCUGCAGAGUCUGAUGGGUACGUUCAAUGAGAGGGCAGACAUGCUGAUGGAUAAACUGGGGGAAAUGGCAGAUACCAACACAGCUACUAGCAUGCUUCACAUGUUCAACUGUGUGACCCUGGAUGUCAUCACCAAGGUGGCGUUUGGAGUGGAUUUGGAUCUACUGAAUGACAGUGACACUCCGUUCCCCAAAGCCAUAGAAAAGUGUCUUAAAGGGUCGGUCCACCAUACUAGCGACAAGACAUUUCAGCUUAACCCAAAGAACUGGAAGUUCAUCAGCGAGGUCAAGGAUGCUGCUAAACUGCUGCGUAUUACAGGCAGACAGUGGAUCAACAAGAGGAAAAUGGCCGUACAAAACGGGGAAGACGUUCCAAAAGACAUACUCACACAGAUCCUCAAGACGGCUGGUAGUGAGGAAAAGAUGGGAAAGGAUGAUGAGGAGCUUAUGCUGGACAACUUUGUGACAUUUUUCAUUGCCGGGCAAGAGACAACAGCCAAUCAGCUAGCUUUUGCUGUCAUGGAACUUGGAAGGCUGCCCGAGAUAUUGGCAAAGAUAAAGCAGGAAGUAGAUGAUGUCCUUGGAAUGAAGCGGGAAAUCAGCUUUGACCACCUGGGGAAAAUGACCUACCUGUCUCAGGUCUUGAAGGAGACUCUACGGUUGUACCCCACGGCACCUGGGACGUCACGCUCAAUCCCUAAAAACAUCGUCAUAGAUGGGAUCCACAUCCCUGCUGGAACCACGUGCUUUUUUAAUUCAUAUGUCUGUGGACGGAUGGACAAGUUCUUUGAAGACCCGUUGAAGUUUGACCCAGAGAGAUUCCAUCCAGACGCCGCCAAGCCCUAUUACUGCUACUAUCCGUUUGCUCUGGGUCCACGUUCAUGUCUGGGGCAGAAUUUUGCAAAGAUGGAGGCGAAGGUAGUAAUGGCCAAGCUGUUGCAGAGGUUUGACUUCAGCCUGCUGCCCGGCCAGUCCUUUGACAUCCUGGACACUGGCACUCUGAGACCAAAGAGUGGAGUGAUGUGUAACAUUAGACACAGAGGACCGACACCAACUGGCACCUAGAAAUGACUAACACAAUUACUACUACUACCACCACUAACAUAAUACUAACAGUAAUACUAUUACUACUAGUACUACAGUACUACUAAAGGAUGGUAGAUGAUGGUGUAGUUAGCCCUGAUCUUUAAACACCAGAAGAUUUACACUCACCUAAAGGAUUAUUAGGAACAUAGGCGCCGAUACCGUGGGUGCUCCGGGGCUCGAGCA